CAUUCUGUUCCAUUGUUGUGGCUUGAGCCAUUUGUUUGUUUACUUUCAUGUUUGUUUUGGUUAAAAGCAUUCCACUUGAAACUUACAAAUUGUAUUGAUACGGUUGUUUCACAAGUACCUAUUCCAACGAACCAUGAAUGAAGAUUUGGAGAGUUCGUCUGAGGAAGAGCUAUUCCCAGAUACAUAUUCCUCGUCUUCUUACGCCCCUUCAGAAGAUGAAGAAACUGUUUUCUUGUUUCACUGAACGAUGGCAAAUGUCCGGAAAAAUCCUGUUUCCUUCACAAGAUUCUGAAACUGAGACACCCAAAAAUCGACAUAUGUUGAAGUGCGCUGAGAAGACUUCGCAUGGAGAGACAACAAACACAGGUAAUGAUCAUCCCUCCACCUCAGAUCAUAACUAUCACCAACUGCCUGUAGCUGAUACAAUACCGACUGAAGAUAAUAGAAAAUCCCGAAAGAGGCAAAGAAAUGUUCAAAAUUGGAAACAAAAUGUUAGAAAAAGACUCAGAAAUUCAGGAAAGCAGUACACCACAAGAAAAGGAAAUGUUAUUGAAGCAAAAAGUUUUUGCACCUGGUGACUGCUCUUGCCCUCUUAAGUGUCACCUUAAAUUGCCGACUGAACACUGUAAAAAAAUAUUUUAUUCCUAUUAUGACCUAGCGGACCAUAAUCUACAAACCUCCUUUAUAAAUAACUUAGUAACAGUUGUCAAAAAACAAAGAGUUUAUACAAAAUCUAAUUCAGAGAAA